AUGGCAGCAGCCAAGAAGGAGCUCGUCCGGGGACAGAGACAGCUGGAAGAGCUCCGGGGCCAGUCCCUGGCGCAGGAGGAUCUCCGUGAGGAGCUUCGAUCGCUCAGCGAGCGAAAUGAAGCUUUGCGGGAACAGCUGCGAAGUCUCCAUCAGGAGACUCGCAAGGUCACAGAGCGUGUCGAUCGCGAGGUGUCCGGCCAUGUGGAGGCGCAGCGCAGCGCCAUCGAGGCCAACGAGGCGAAGCUGGCUGACAUGUCCGAGAUUCGACGCAAGUUGGCCUCAGCCUCAAGCCAAGUUCAGGAGCUCCAGACGCUCAAGGAGCAGACUGAGAGGGCCCUGGAAGCCUCCAAGAAGAGCACGAAUCGGACCGAGGACUUGGCUCGGCAGCUGCACCAGCUUCAGGAGGACCUGGGCUCCUCUCUGCGGGAGCGCAACCAGCUGCAUGAGGCAGUCGAGCGCGCCACUGUGCAGUUCCGGGAGGACGUUUUCAAACAGUCGCAGCGCCACUUGGAGCUCGAGGGUAUGCUUGAGGAUCGUAACAACGAGAUCAAGCUACUGAUGUACAGGCUACAGGAGCUUUCAUCAAGGUAUGUUCCAGUCAAAGCGGAUGCCACGGACAUGGUUUUGUCGAGGUGGAUUAAUGGCUACAGGCCAGCGGUUCCCUUCUUCCGCUUGGCACAGGGUCUCUAUCUUUUCGGUCGUCGGCAGGUUGUUUGCAAGAUUUCCAACGACAAGCCAGUCUUCCGAAUUGGUGGAGGCUUCAUAGGCUUUGAAAAGUUCCUGGAACAGUUUGCAGCAGAGGAGCUCGAGAGACUUCUGACGUAUGAGUUGGCCCGGUCCUUGUGCCAACAAUUUGUCUUAGAGUCGAAGUCCCUCUCAUUGCAGCAGGUCCCUUGA